GUGCGAGGAAAUCUCAGUCAGGGACAAAUUAGAAGACAUUAGAGGCAAAAAGCUUUAUAUAUGAUUAGCAAUGUCAUAUUAGGAUAAAUUCUUAACUGAAAUCAUUGGUUCACAUUGUUUCUGUCAGUGGGCACCGAACAGUUAGUUACAUUUCUGACACUAUUCUCACAGCAGUUGCUUCAAAAUUGGGUGUCACUCGCAUUUUUGCUCUGCCUCUCGUUUCCUGUUGUCUCGCGCCCAUGCCAACGUGACCGUCUGUUUUGGUCGGUGAAACGCAAACACGUGGCGAAUUGAAAACUGAUGCGUUGAAGACGGAUCGAAAAAAGCGUUGUAAACGUGGUCUCAGGAUGUCAGUGUCUCCGAGGUGUCUGUGCUGUGUCAAAUAUCUGAUGUUUGUCUUCAACCUCAUCUUCUGGCUAGGAGGAUGCGGCUUGUUUGGCGUUGGGGUCUGGCUGUCCUUCACGCAGGCAGAGUUUUCCUCUCUUCCGCUCUCCUUUCCAUCCCUCUCAGCCGCCAAUCUGCUGCUGGUCGCCGGUGGCAUCACCAUGGUGACCGGGUUCUUGGGCUGUCUCGGAGCACUUAAGGAGCAGCGCUGCCUGUUGUUCAUGUUCUUUGUCAUCCUUCUGCUCUUGGUCUUGACAGAGGUGAUACUAGUCGUGGUUAUACACAUCUUCCAUGAAAAGCUGGAUUUCAAAGCACAAAAUGAAUUAAGGGAAGGUAUGAAGAUUUAUAAUUCAGAACCUGGUCUGAAAAAUUCUUGGGAUAACGUCCAGAAAAUGUUCAAAUGUUGCGGAGUUACCAACAAAAUGGACUGGUAUGUUGUGCUGAAUGGAACGCUGCCCUCGUCCUGCUGCUCUGUUGGGACGGACCCGUGUGUCGAUGGAUGGGGUGAUCCAUGUUAUCAUAAGGCCAGGCAGUGGCUGCUGAAAAAUAUAUCCUCUGUUCUGGUAUUUGGAGUGUGUAUUGGUGUUGUGCAGAUAUUGGCCCUGGUGUUCUCCAUGCUGAUGUACUGUCAAAUUCUGUGUGCCGAGAAGGACUUGGACUGAAAACGGACGAGCUGUUCGCUGGCCUGUGAUGUGAUGGUUCUCACAUUACUCCUUUACUUAUAUACGGUGUUGGGGGCAACACUUAAAAAGAAAUAUAUUAUUGCAGUGCAUUACUUUUGUAUACGUCAUUUGUAUACCUUUGUACGCGCAGAGUGCUAUAAUGUAUUGAAAUGAUACUUCAGGAAUAUGUUACUACAGUUAUGUCAUGUAAUGUGUUACCGACCAAAGUGUUUGCUGUGGCUUUUUUAAGAAUCCAUCCACACGGCACACGAUCAUAUUAAUCCAGGCUAUGUGUAUGUGUAAUAUAGCCUUUGCUCAGUUCGUUUGUGACUGAAGUGAUCUGUAUUUAGUAGGCGUAACGGUGAAGCCUAAUCCUCUGAGUGCACUUUAAUUUACACUCCUGAAUCACAUGUGCCCACGCGUUCCUUGUGUUGUGGCCUGUAAUAAAUUGCAUAGAAAAAGAGGAUUUGCUGGGUCAUUUUGUGUGUUAAACACGGCAUGUAUGAUAACGUAUGUUAGAGUUUGGGUUUUUAAAAUGAACAGACUUUGUUAACAGGCUUUGACAUAAUGUUAAAUAUGUCUAUGCACUUUUCCUAUUAAUUUAGUGCUGAUCAAAUAUUCAUCCUCACCAUGAUGUAUAUAAUUAUUACUGUUGAAAUAUAUCUAUAAAUACUUACUACAAUA